AUGAGCGCUUACCUGGACGCCAGCAAUGGCCCGCCGGCGGAUGAUUCGAUGCCCAGCUAUGAGGAGGCGGUCGCCGGGGGCGCGCAGCGGAAUGCAGUGAGGACACACUCCGUCUCGGGAUCAAUACAAUCCCUCAACCUUCACGACGGCACCCUCCCACCAUCAAUUCUGCGCCUCAAGCACCUCGGCCGCGCAAUCUGCCUUAACGGCACCGUCACCUCCAUCGCCAUCAGUCCAAAAGGCUACGUCGCCACAUCGCAAGACAACUCGGGCACCGCGCUUCCCUCGAGCACCAAGAUCUGGGACUUUCCCCAGAAGCCCGGCGCCGUGGGCGCGCGCCUCGUGCCGUCUGACAUCAGCAGCGACGCGCCUGUGGUCGUCUUCAGCCCGGAUGGAAAACUGACGGCGGUGGUGGAGAAGGAUGCAGGAUGGAAGCGGGAGUGGCGGGUGAAGCUCCGCGCCGGGGAGGAAGGGCGAGGGGUGCGGUGCGCGUUGAACGGUGUCGGGCAUCCCGCGGCGUUUAGCCCCGACGGGAAGAAGUUUGCGGCGGCGGAUCCGUUGGGCGUUGUUGUUGUGUUUGAGGCGGCGACGAGUCCGCCGGGGAUGCCACCUACGAAGAAGGUGGCGGGUGUGAUGAACCAUGCUGCGCCGACGCAUGUUCUCUUCAUGCCGAACGGUGCGGACCUCGUGACGCUGUCGAGGGACGGGACGGUGAGGAUAUCGGAGGCCAAGACGGGGAGGACGCUACGGCGGAUGGAGGUGGAUGGGGUUGUGACGGGGACGGGGACGGGGGCGCGGGCGUUGGGGGCGUCGCCGGAUGGGAGGGUGGUUGUGUCGGUGUGGGCGAGGGCCGUGUAUGUGUGGGAGCACGAGGCUGGGCGGGUAUCGAGCUGGGAGAUGAACAAAGUGCGGAACAACGAGGGGUGGCCGCUGGCGGUGUCGCCGGAUUGUCGGUUCCUGGCGUGUCGGACAGAGGAGGGGAUGGAUAUCUCGGAUGUGUACUCUGGACAGGUUCUGGCUGAAGUGACGACCGCGGUGGGGAUUGAUGGGCUAGUGACGGCGGCGGCCUUUUCGAUGGACGGGAAGAUGAUGGCUGUUGGGAGGCAUAGUGGUGUUGUUGAUGUGUGGAACUUGGCGCCCUAUGAAGGAUUAUGA